UCCCGCGAGCGCCCGGCCCUAAUCACGUGAUAGACGCUCAAUUCACUCAGGACACUUUAAACACUUGGACAAGAAGUUGUUUCGUAACUCUCGGGGAAGUUUUUUCAGCGUCAGCCUAAAUGCUAAGUGUGUCAUUUGGAUGUUUCAUGCCAUCGUGAUCCAGGUUGUUGCUGUCGUCUGCGGUCCUUCAUAUCGGCGCACUUUUCACUUGAGGAAUAUUUACUGACAAAAUUCCAGCGGCAGCAGCCAUGCUCAGGUGUGACCCAAUAAAGCCAGACAUGUCAUUGACUUACCCAGCUUACCUGAUUAAACCUGCUCCUGAGGCAUUUGGAGUCGUAUUAUCUCCUUCCAUGGUCCCUACUUCCACAUCUCACCUAUACUCCCCUCACUACUACCAAGAACCCUACUCCUACAUGAGCCCCCAUCACACACACCCUCUGUCCCAGGAUGUCCAUCACUCCCAGAACGAACCUGUCGAUUUAUCCGUCAGCAAAAGAUCCUCCGUUUCAUCGCCUUCAUCAUCUCUGGCAUCGUCAUCUCCCAGAGCCACUCCACCAUCGCCUUAUGAGAUCUCCAGUCCGGUGUCACGUCCUCGCCCCGGCUCCGGCUCAGGCUCUAUAACAGGAAGCACUUUCGGGUCAUCUCAGACAAGGCAGCUGACCCCACCACUUGGCCUUCCUAUUCCUUCGGUUUUGACACCUAUUGUACCAGUGCUUUCUAUGCUGCAGACGUUACCUGUGCUCUACCCUCCACUACACCUGUCUCCCUCCAUCAUGAUUUCACCCGUCACACCUGAGGAUCCUGCUAACCACAAGCAGUUCUCUAUAAUGAAGUCAGAGAAUCCCCCAGACAAUCAUGAGCUCCUCAAGCCAAUCAAAUCCGAGCUCCACCCUGAACACGCUCAGGAUUCCCACAGCCAGGAAAUAACCUCACCCGUCAUUACUGUCCCACCGAGUUAUGGGGGAAACACACACUCAGUGAUUGUACGUCGAAAGCUAGAGUCUCCAGAUCCACUGAAGAAGCGUCGAAUUCAUCGCUGUGACUUCAAUGGCUGCAAUAAAGUCUAUACCAAAAGCUCCCACCUGAAAGCUCAUAGACGCACACACACAGGAGAAAAGCCUUAUAAGUGCAUGUGGGAAGGCUGUACGUGGAAGUUUGCCCGCUCCGAUGAGCUGACCCGUCACUUUCGGAAGCACACGGGUGUAAAGCCGUUCCAGUGCCCUGACUGUGAUCGCACCUUCUCUCGCUCCGAUCACCUCUCCCUGCACAAGAAGCGCCACAUGCUGGUGUGAGCUCAAUACUGCAACACGUGAACGGAGCAGAAAUUGCACCUUCGAUUAAGCCGUUGCUCAACGGGAGCUUCAUCUUCAGUGACGCCAAGUGCCGUUUUGUGUUUCCCAUCCCCUUCCAGUUCAGGAAACGCUGUGUAAUAGAAGAAAAGAAUGGAGUUGAUGGCUCAUACGAUGGCUAGCUCAUACUUCAUGAAAAGAAUUAGUAUCCAAGUGGAUUUUGUCACCAUUACUAUGGACAUGGAGAGUAGUGCUGUGGAUAUGACCCUUAUAUAAACAAAAUUGAAUGCCAAGUCUUUUUUUUUAUAUCAAGCACUCUCUCUCUCCAUUAUCUUUCUAUACACGUCUCUCUCGUUGUUUUGCCCUCUGCAGGUCAGAGGGCCCAUUGUGCAGUUACAGCACUACACAAACAAGCAUAAUACAUUUACAGUUAUGUAUCUAUAUCUAGAUAGAUAGAUAGAUAGAUGAUAUACUGACAGUCAGUAGCCAGUCACACACACAUAUACACAAACACAACUCUGACAGUUUCACACUUUUAAUGUUGUUUUAAGAUGCAACUCGGGUCAAACCUGCACAAUGUGAAUGUAUUUUUCUCUUUUUGUAUGUUAUU